AUGUCAGAAAGUGAUGAAGUACCUAUAGUCAAUUUAACGUUAGAGGAUGAAGGGGACAGUGAGACACCGGAGAGUGGGAAGGAGACGCCGAAGCCUAGUAGAGGGUUAAAAAGAAGUCUCAGUGGUACAGAGAUGAUUCCUGAGCUUCAAAUGGGCGCGAAACAGUUCAAGAGUGAAGAAGGGCUUACUGAACUGACAAGUUCUUUUUCGCCAUCAGGUUCGGCGUCGAAUGUGAUUGUAUUAUCCAGCGAAGACGAAGAGGAGGAGAAGGAUCGGAAUAAAAAGAGUAUGAACGACAACAAUAGUCAGCGAGUUGAAACGGAUAACAGGGCUAACGAGAAACGUAACCAGGACCAACGCGAUGCUUUGGCGACAAUGAAAAGGGCGAGAGAUCAAAUGAGAAAACUACACAGUAUGAUUGAAGUUCUAACCAAUAAAUUAGCCCGUCGCAAGGACUUUGAAGACACUAUACAGCUCAAGUACAGAUCGCUACAGCAGCUUUACGGGGAACAUCCAACCAUUCCUUCACAAAAAAACCUUUUGUCCGAUCUGCGACAGCAACUAUUAUCAGCACAACAACGCACAGCAGCCACAAGGACAAAACUCUAUGCUAUAAGAGACCAGCUGGCUGCUACAGAACAUAAUAUCGCCGAGCUGCACGAAGAACUGGAAAGAAAAUCGGAUCAGUACGAAACUACUAUGAUUCCCGAACUUGUGGCCGUCCCGAAGGAUGUUAUCACUAAUAGGAAGAGCCAUGACCUUUUCGUUGGAACUAUCUAUAAGGUGAAAGAGCUGUUGAGGGAAACAUCGAGACCAGAGGGGAACAAGAACCACAUAUCUCAACUUUGCGAUCGUUUGCUUUCGUUCGAAUCGGAUAUUUACCACAUGCGACCAACUUCCGCUUUCAUCAAAGCCGCAAUAUAUCACGUAUUAACAGAACUUACGGCACAAGGUAUAAAGAUGCCAUACGUUUUCCAAAGGUUCAAAGAACUAAAUUUAUAUGACGAAGAAUUAUCAAGGGUAAACGAUACUGUGUCAAAUGAAACAAAGUUCAAGAGAAAUAUGGAGCAGUUGUAUUCUUUAGCUGACAAGCUUAACCGACCUGAUGCGGAGAAAAAUCAAAUUAAACAUUAUGCAAAUAUUGUUCAAAAUGGUUAUCUAAACCACUCAAAGCAAAUAAUCAAUCACUCUGGCCAUUAUAAUAGAAUUGUUCACGCAAUGCUGCGUCUUGAACAACUGGGAGUACGGAUUCCCUUUGUGAUGGAAGAGAUGAAGAGGCUUAAAUACGAUAUUAACAAGGCUAUAGAUUCUGUGCAGGUAUUCGAAGAAUUAAGACGAUUGAAGGCUCGACUAUUAGAAGAACCAUCACAGAGCCAAAAAGUUGAGAAACUCUUAACAGACUUGGAUAUUCUGAAGAGCUUUAUUACCUAUUCCCUUGAAGGUGAUGGUACCUUCGAUCCGACCUUAAUAAAGAAACUUUACCAAUUAAUGGUUCGAUUGGAAAGGUUAAACAUCAACCUUCCUCUUACAGCUGAGGCGUUACACAAACUCGGACUCUCAUGGCAUGACUUUGUUGAUACCGAAUACUUUUUAAUGAGUAUUCAGAAGAUGGAAUCAAGAUUAAGAAACCAAUCUUCUCGCCCAAGGGAAGAAUUAAACACCAUAUUCCAUUCACUGGGAUGUCUCACUAGUUUCAUUAAAGAGUAUGAGGCCAUAGAGCUCAAUGGAGACAGCAAGACACCUCAGUUUAAUACAGAUGAAAUAUGCCAUGCUGCGCAUAUAUUAUAUUCAUCUGGAAUUAUGCUAGUCUAUUGCAACGAAGUUUUGGAUAAGUUGGGAUUCACGUGGAGAUACUAUCCAGAAUUUUCAAUAAAAGCCAUCGAAACUGCAAAAGAUCUACUGCAGAAUGAUGAAACAAAGACUAUUCACGAGAAGGGGAAUAUUCUUACCCUCUUACAGACUCUUGAAAAAGGAAUUGAAAGAUCAGCGGAUAAAGCUAUCUUUCAUGAGAUGAAAAUAGAAAGCUUCAAGCUCUCACUUUCAACAUUGAAAAAGAGUGGUUGUAAAAUAACCAGUGUAGAACUAACAUUUCAAGCUAUCAUAGAUGGUUCUUACUUGAAAGCGCUCCAAACACAUUCCAGUAAUGGUGACGAUGGAUACUUCAAAACCGAACCAACAGAUUUGACAAAUUCACCAGUCAUUAAAGCCCAAUCGCAGUCAUUAGACGAGGAUUUGUACGUAUCGGGACAAAGUUCAGUAAAGAAGUCAAGCGAACCACCUUCCACCUCAUCUAUAAACUCUAUGAGGGAUGAAAUCGAAGAAGCAAUAAUUAAUUUAUCGACAAAUCUCUCAUUGAACAAAAAGAGUCAAGAUACUAUGGUCAGUGCGCUAUCAAACAUACUAAGCUUUUUUAAGAUAUCCAUGGAAUUUAGGGCAAAUACGGUACCAUCAAUGUGGAAAUCUACGGUUCAAAUGAGUAUAGACGUCUUAGAUUUAUUUUCUUAUCUCAAUAGCAUCCCUAAAUCUCUCGAACGUCUUAAUGAACUAGGGUUUGUGAUCCCCGAACAAUAUAUUGAUGACGAUGAAUUAGCAAUCAUUGGUCGAAACACCAUAAAGGAAGAAGAUUUCGUAACUUACGAUUCGGAUAACGAUGAAAACAUAGAUGAUGUUAUUCAAAAUUACAAUUCAAGAAUGGAUCAAUCCUUGAGAAUGACCAAUAUCUAUAAUGCGUCGGAUGCUUCUUCCUUGAGAGAUUUGCUAGAAGGUCUUAAAGAAAUUGAAACAGAAGUAGAAGGUGAGGAAAUGACUCCAAAUGAACUUACAGUUAAUCUAUUAAAGCACCAGAGGCAAGGGCUACGCUGGUUACUAUCUAUGGAAAAGUCUUCCAAAAAAGGAGGUUUAUUGGCUGAUGAUAUGGGUUUAGGCAAAACGGUCCAAAGUCUAGCAUUAAUUGUAUCAAACAAACCGGAACCAGAAUCAAAGGUUAAAACAACUCUUGUUGUUGCUCCUGUGUCUGUUUUGAGGGUAUGGAAAGAUGAGGCUGCAGUUAAAAUUAAGAGGGACGCAAAUCUUAAAGUGAUAAUUUAUGGAGGAGGAGAAAACAACAUUAAUAAAUUCAAGACUUGGGAAGAUAUUGCUCAGUAUGAUAUAGUUCUUGUAUCAUACCAAACACUUGCUAGCGAGUUAAAAAAACAUUGGCCAGCUAGUUGGAAGACUGAUGGAAAGCAACCUGAUAUUCAUGCCGUUGAUAUUAAGUUGAUGAAUCAAAUAAAGAAAAAGUCUGAAUACUUCUCUCCAUUCUAUCGUAACGAAUCAGAAUUUUAUAGGAUUAUCUUAGAUGAAGCACAGAACAUCAAAAACAAGAAAACACAGGCAGCUAGGGCUUGUUGCACAAUUUCAUCAACAUAUAGAUGGGCUUUAUCUGGUACCCCAAUUCAAAAUAAUAUAGAUGAGUUAUAUUCACUAUUAAAAUAUUUGAGGAUACCACCAUACAAUAAAGAGGCCAAAUUUCAUGCAGAUAUAGGUGUUGUGUUGAACAUGAAAAAAGCCCAUGACUAUAACGAUAGCGAAAGGAAACGUGCAAUGAAGAAGGUCCAAGUUUUACUCAGAGCUAUAAUGCUACGUAGAACGAAGACAUCACAAAUUGAUGGAAAGCCUAUAUUAGAGCUUCCGGAAAAGAAGAUAUUAGAAGUAUCUGAUAAACUAGAAGGCGAAGAAGAAAAAUUCUACCAAGCACUUGAAGGGAAAUCGAAAGAAAAGGCCAAAAUCAUGCUAGAAAGCAAGCAAAGACAAGGUGCCUAUUCGAGUAUCUUGACGCUACUAUUAAGACUAAGACAAGCCUGCUUACACUCAGAACUAGUGAAGAUCGGUGAGUCGAAAGCGGAGAGUGCCAAAAUUAUCCAUGGUAAAGAUUUCGAAAAGGACUGGAAACCACUAUUCUUCACUGCUAAGAGAAUGACACAAGAUUCUGCAGUCGUGAACACCAUAAAUGUCUGCCUAGAUGAAAUGACAUGUCCAUUUUGUAUGGAGCAGAUGGACCUCAACUCCAUGGCAAUUUUAAGCGCAUGCGGUCACUGUUUGUGUACACAAUGCGUCGAAUCCUUCGUCGAUAACGGUAAGUUAGAACCGAACGCCGCUUUCGGGCCUAAAGGUACGAAUUCUGUGAAUAUUCCGUGUCUUGUAUGCAAAAAGAUGAACAAUGACAAACAGAUAGUGAGCUACCAGUUAUAUGAUCAAGUAGCCAAUCUCGGCUAUUCUAUCGAAAAUUUGAAGUCCGAGUACGACAACGUUGUAGGAGAACAGAAGAGAAGAUUGAAAAAUGGUUAUAAAAUUGACUACGAAAACCUCUCCGAGUCAAAAAAGGUCGAAAUGUGUUUGGACAUUAUCAAAAAGGUGGUCGAUUCCAACGAUGACGAGAAAAUUGUGAUCUUCUCCCAAUUCACCAUUUUCUUCGAGAUUUUAGGAUACUUCAUCAAGAAAAAACUCAAUCUCAACUUCCUCACCUACGAUGGAAGUAUGUCAUCAAGCCAGAGAGGUGCGUGCAUCGAAACGUUCUUCCAGGACAAACAGUACAGAAUAAUGCUCAUUUCCAUGAAAGCAGGUAACUCCGGUUUAACGCUUACAUGCGCAAAUCACGUGAUCCUUGCGGAUCCAUUUUGGAAUCCUUUUGUCGAAGACCAGGCAAUGGACAGAUGCCACAGAAUCUCACAAGAAAGGGAGGUCUAUGUCCAUCGCUUGUUGAUCAAGUCCUCGGUCGAAGACAGAAUUGUUGAAUUGCAAAACAAGAAAAAAGUCCUUGUCAAUUUAGCCAUGGAUCCAACACAAAUUAGAGAGGUCAAUAAGUUGGGAAGAAGAGAGCUAGGUUUCUUGUUUGGUUUGAAUGCAUUAGAGUGA